AUGCUGCAGGAAUUCGACUAUUUUUUGCUUGUGCAUGGGCUCAACACGCGCAAACAAACGGGCUCUUCGGCAGGCCUCACGUUGUUCUUCAAUUGGGAGGUCGUCGAACUCGCGACCUGUGAACGCUUUCCCUGUGGUUGGUUCAUCCUCACCGAAGAUGCCGAUGCGUCGGCAAAUGGCUUCGGCAGUGGCUUUGUUGUCGCCGGUUAUCAUUAUGACCCGGAUACCGGCCUUGCGGCACUUCUGGAUGCUGUCGAAGACCUCUGUGCGAGGAGGGUCCAACAUGCCGACUACACCGACGAAAGUCAGAUUGUUCUGGUGGAGGAGGCGAAAGGGGUGAAUAAAUGUAAGAUAGGCGAGAAAAUAGGAGAGUAA